CAUCAUCAGUCCGAACGCGGGUGACCUCGCGCCCACACGAGUGCGAGCGACGAGAAGCAGGAGCUCGUUCGAAGCAGCAAGAUGGUAGCAACCGCCGUUGGCUUGCUGUUACUGCUGAGUACGGCGGCCAUCCAGUCGCCUGCCUCGGCUCAGUUCUGCCCGCCGUCAUACCGCCAGAAGAACCCGCAGCACACGGCGUGCAAGCAGCGGAACAUGUGGUGCAAGAUAAAGGCCUCCGGUGUGAACGCCACAGAGCGCGAAUUCAUCUUGAAGCUGCACAACGAUUUCCGGAGCCAAACCGCACUGGGAAACCUACCGGGUUUCUCAACGGCAGCUGACAUGCAGGAGCUGCUUUGGGACGACGAGUUGGCAACCGUAGCGCAGGCUCACGCCAGUCUCUGCACGACGCCAGACGGGGACCUGAAGCAUGAUGAUGCUAAGGACCGCUUUACGAGUCGCUUCGAAGAGACCGGUCAAAACACGGCCUGGAUAGGCCGAUCCAACUACCAUGAGGGAUCCAACUGGACCUGGGCUAUGGACGGCUGGUUCACGCAAGAGUACAAACUCUACCCGCCGCGCAACGUACCCAAGUUCGCUCCCGUGGAAGGCGUCAAGAUAGGCCACUUCACCCAGAUAAUCUGGGCAAAGACGCGCUACGUGGGUUGCGGCUACGUCUACUACAAUGUCGACGGGGCUCGUUACCCGCACAUGAAGCAAUGCACCUGCAACUAUGCCCCUGCUGGGAACUACAUAGGGCAGCCCAUCUACCAGGAAGGCCCGACGUGCAGUGCCUGCCCGAACUCCACUCAGUGCGACAAAGCCACAGGUCUGUGCAGCGGUUCGCCGGGCGGUCGCACCCCCCCACGGCCUCCCCCAAGUUCGGGGAGGCCGCCGUACAACAGGCGUCCGUCGGUCGGUCGCACCUCCCCACGGCCUCCCCCAAGUUCGGGGAGGCCGCCGUACAACAGGCGCCCGCCGGUCGGUCGCUCCUCCCCACGGCCUCCCCCAAGUUCGGGGAGGCCGCCGUACAACAGGCGCCCGCCGGUCGGUCGCACCUCCCCACGGCCCACACCGACUCCGUCUCGACGACCUCCGGACUGUCCACCCUGUCCGUGCCUACGCUCUAUGCUGCAGCGCUAUCCGUCACCGCACGCCACACAGAGGCGGGACCCGCCGUAUGCACAGGAUCCGGUGCCGAGGCCUUACCCGUUACCCUACGACUCGCGGCUCGGCGGUGGACUGCCUGGUUGCAAAGGCGUAAAGGGUUACAAGCCAGGAGAGCCUGGGCAGCCGGCCUGUGUGGAGAAUGACUUUCGCGGCAGCGGAGGCAUUCCUAAGGCCGACUACAGUGACGGAGCGCAUGAUGGACGUCCGGGCACUGGUGCAGAUUUCUGGCUGCCCUUCGUUGCAGGCUUCGUCACUGUGUUGGCAGUGGCAGCGCUCAGCGUGCUCGUCGUCUUCUGGCGCUCCAACACCUCGGCAGAUCGCGCGGAAGCAAAGCUGUCGACCGGCGCGACGGUGACGCCGGCCUACUAGGGCACGCCGGCGUAAGAAGACGCAAUUGUCAAAACGUGUGCCGACGAACGACGGCCGUAAUAUACGAAGCCCCGCCUGCACAGGCUGUUGGUGGAAAUAAAAAUUGCGCACGAGCCUUAGAGUAACGUGCUGGGGCAGCAUUUUGAACUCCUUGCACAA